GUAGUCAGCAGUGACUAGUGAUCUGAAAGCAACGUGGAGGUGCCUUAUAAACACUUUAGUGUGUAGUUAAUUAAUGAUAAGAUUUCCAACUGGGCAGAGUAGGUUAUAUAUCCCAAGCUCAAGGUUCAAGAGCCAACAGUUGUGACGGAGAAAUCAGAAUGACAGACAAAGAGGAUUUACAGAUGACAACUGUCUCAUGUGCGAAUGAAGAAGGAUUAGAUAAUCCAGCAUUUGUGAAGGACGAUAAAUCAUCAAAUGACAGUGACAGUGAUAAAGAAGAGUCAGAAAAGGAUUCAAAAUCAUGCUUAAGAAAAGCUUGCAUACCCAUCACAGCCACAGAGACCUUCUUCAAGGCUCACUCCAAAAUAAUCAAAUACAUUGCUCUGGGAAUAUUUGCUGCAGGUUAUGUGGCAUACUUCAUUGCUGCCUGUAUUUUGAAUUUCCAGAGGGCAAUUGCUUUGGUUGUCCUCACUUGUUUUGGGGUGCUCGUCAUUGUGUCCGAAGUAGUGCAUAAGUAUAAGGGUGACAGCAUAAGGAGAUUCUUUAAGCCGGCUCAAAGGUGGUUUAAAUCUAACAUGAGAUGGAUAAAAUGGGUGUUUGUAGUAAUUGUGCUGGGAUUGCUGGUGGCGUGGUUGGUGGUCGACACACGAAAGCGUCCAGAACAGCUCAUCUCUUUUGGAGGUGUCUGCCUCUUUGUUAUUGUCAUAUUUCUGUUCUCUGCACACAGAACUGCGGUGCGAUGGAGGACGGUCUUUUGGGGACUUGGUUUACAGUUUGCCAUCGGCCUGUUUGUCAUAAGAACAGAACCAGGUCUCAUAGCCUUCGAAUGGCUCGGACAGCAAGUUCAGACAUUUUUGAACUACACAAAAGCAGGCUCAUCAUUUGUGUUUGGAAACCUGAUUGAAAACAUCUUUGCGUUCCAGGCUCUUCCUAUAGUUGUGUUCUUCAGCAGUGUAAUGUCUGUUCUGUACUACUUGGGUGUGAUGCAGUGGGUUAUUAUGAAGAUAUCCUGGGUUAUGCAAGUCACGAUGGGAACGUCCCCUACAGAGACUCUCAGUGUGGCAGGAAAUAUAUUUGUUGGACAGACAGAGGCACCCCUCCUAAUUCGUCCUUAUUUGAAAGACAUGACUAAAUCAGAGAUUCACGCUGUCAUGACUGGAGGAUUUGCCACCAUCGCUGGGAGCGUUAUGGGUGCUUUCAUCUCAUUUGGGAUUGAUGCGUCAGCUUUGAUCUCAGCAUCUGUAAUGGCGGCCCCAUGUGCCUUAUCCAUCUCCAAACUGUCUUACCCUGAAACUGAGAAGAGCAAGUUCACAUCUAAGAGUCAGAUUAAAGUUGAUGGCGGUGGUGAGCAGAACGUCUUAGAAGCUGUCAGUGGUGGAGCAUCUGCAUCUAUAGGACUUGUGGCCAACAUCGCUGCUAACCUGAUUGCUUUCCUCGCUAUUUUGGACUUUAUCAAUGCAGCUCUCAGCUGGUUAGGAGGAAUGGUUGGAUACCCUGAAGUUACUUUUCAGUUGAUCUGCUCUUACGUCUUUAUGCCUGUGGCCUUUAUGAUGGGGAUUCCAUACGAUGAAUCAUUUAUUGUGGCUGAACUUAUUGGUAUCAAACUCUUCCUCAAUGAGUUCGUAGCCUAUGAGAAGCUGUCAGAGCUCAAAAUGAACAGACUUAAUGGCAGUUUGCUAAAUGGCCCAGACAGAAAUUGGAUUUCAGUUCGAUCAGAAAUCAUCUCCACUUAUGCUUUGUGUGGCUUUGCUAACUUUAGUUCUCUUGGCAUUGUUAUUGGAGGCUUGUCCUCUAUUUGUCCACCAAGAAAGGGUGAUAUAUCUGCUAUAGUGCUUAGGGCCCUGUUUACAGGCACAUGUGUUUCACUGAUCAAUGCCUGUAUUGCUGGUAUACUUUUUGUCCCUCCAUUGGACUGUGUGGGUGUGUUUCAGAAUUCAGUCUUCAAUAGCACUCUCCCCGACAUCAAAACUUGUUGUUAUGAUCUUUUUGAUAGUGCUGAUAACAUCACUGGAUCAAUUUCCUUUGAAGGCUCCUGGGUUCAAAUAAAAAACGCUACGAUGUACUUCACCAACUGUUGUGGUCUCUUCAGUGAACCUGUUUGCAUGUAGGUUGACUCAAAGGUAUCACUUUAACAGUGGCAAACUUUAUGUAAUAUUAUUUAUUAAGUUGGGACUGUUUUUGAGUGGAUACAUGUAUGUAUAUACUGUACUUGAUUUUUUAAUCAUUUAUCUAUUCAUGUGCAAUUUCAUAAUAUAAAUAACAUGUAUUAUAGAACGAAAGCCUGUGCAAGUAAAAUGUGUAUUUUAUUUAAUGUACUUUUUGUGACACUCAAUUUUGUUGUUUUUAAAUGAUAAUUUAUAUAAUUAUCAUCUAAUUACACAAUUGUAAGAUUUUAUGAUGGUUAUCUUGACAAAAUGCCAGCAUUUUAUAAGGCUGUAAAUGUUGGCAUCUUUUACAUUAUAUUUUAUUUGACUUUAAUGAGACAUAAAUAAAUUGUCCUAUGUGUUUAAAUCAGAUUCAUUUUUUGAGUUAGAAUAGAUAUGAAACAAUAAAUGUAACCCUCAUAAGUCUCAUAAUAUCUAAUUGUGAGAUAAGUGAGCAUCAAAAUUAGAUUUUAAUAACUGAUUUUACUUUAAUUACAAUCUUACUCAGUCAAUAUUAAAGAUAUCAAGGUUAUAUUUUCACAGAAUGUCCUUUUCAUUAUCCAGGAUUAUUUUAUAUAGAAAACAGUAAAACACAAAAAUGACUUUAGCUGGGUUUUCACAAGCAGUUUCACAAAUUAAUCAGUGGUUUUCAAACUGGGGGCCGCGAGAUGGUGCCAGGGGGCCCAGUUUUAUGACAUUUUAUGAAAUACAUUAAUUUAUCAUGAAUUCUGUGUAAUUAAACCUAAAAAAAUAAGGCUACUAACCAAAAGCACUACAUUUUUGUAUAAUUUAAUGUUUUUUUUUUAUUAAAAUGUUGAGUUUUAGAACAGUUUUUUGUCACAAAUUUUCUUUGGGGGGCCGUGAAGGAAUGCACCCUACACAAGGGGGGCCGCACACUGAAAAAGUUUGGGAACCACUGAGUUAAAUUAUUAAAAUGUCAAAGAAGGUUCUACUGCUUUUGCUAUUUACAUGUUUAUUUUACAAAACCAAAAGCCACAACACAACAAAAAUAGCUAAAACAGUACUUACAAGUACUUUAAAAAUAUCACAGUGUGCCCCAACCUUAUCAAUAUGAGCCACUAUCAUUAUUGACCAUUAUCUGUGCUAACCCUUCACAUGAAAUACAUCUAAUAAACUACAUUCAGA